UCUCAUCGCACUGGUUUUUGGGAGUUGUGGUCCCGACUUGUUCGAGUAGGCAUGGCGGCCUGCAUUGUAGCGGGGAAUGGGAGCACUUUGGGCUUGGCCCGGAGCUUCCGAGCGUCUAGAGUGCUGCUUCCUGGGCCAGGCUCUGUAGCAGGCUGGGUCCUCUCUGGGCCGGCCCGGCAGCACGGGACUGGGCCUUCCGAGCCCGGCGUAUUCCAGCCGCCACCGAAACCGGUCAUAGUGGACCAGCGCCGACCUCCCGCCGAGAAAACGAGGUUCUUGAGUCCUGAAUUCAUUCCUCCAAGGGGAAGAACAAAUCCUCUGAAAUUUCAGAUAGAAAGGAAAGAUAUGUUAGAACGGAGAAAAGUACUCCACAUUCCAGAGUUCUAUGUUGGAAGCAUACUACGUGUUACCACAGCUGACCCAUAUGCCCAAGGAAAAUCUAGCCAGUUUCUGGGAAUUUGCAUCCAGAGGUCAGGAAGUGGACUUGGAGCUACUUUUAUCCUUAGGAAUACUAUUGAAGGACAAGGUGUUGAGAUUUGCUUUGAACUGUAUAAUCCUCGAAUCAGUGAGAUCCAAGUGGUCAAAUUAGAGAAACGGCUGGAUGACAACUUGUUAUAUUUACGAGAUGCCCUUCCUGAAUACAGCACUUUCGAUAUAAAUAUGAAGCCAAUAACAACAGAGAUUAACCAAGAAGCUCCUGUUAAUAAGCUGAAAGUAAAAAUGAAGCCUAAGCCUUGGUCUAAACGCUGGGAACGUCCCUAUUUUAAUAUUAAAGGAAUAAGAUUUGAUCUUUGUUUAACUGAAGAACAAAUGAAAGAAGCUCAGAAAUGGAGUCAGCCCUGGCUGGCAUUUGAUAUGAUGAGGGAAUAUGAUACUUCCAAAAUUAAAGCUGCAAUAUGGGAUGAAAUUGAAGCAUCGAAAAAGUCCUGAAUCUGAGAAGCAUUUGGUUACCUGGGGACGAUACACUGGCUUUCGGAGGAUUUAUGUUGAAACAAUUUAAUUUUAUUUAUAAGAAUGUAAUCCUUAAACAAGCAUUCUUUUUCUAAAUUACUUUUCAAAAAAUAAAAAAUUCACAGCAGUUUAUUACUGAAAAAGAGAAUACACAUGACAAAUGGUCCAGUGUUCAUUCCCUUAUUGGAGGCAAAGCUACAGUGGAAGUCAGCAUCAUCAGAAUGAGAGUCAGUCAGCAUGGAAUCUGAAUCAGGGCAAUGGGUGGGAUACUUUAUUUAAAUUGUGAAUUAACCAUAGAACAGAAUAUUAGUUAAAGUGAACCCACUGUCAGGUUAAGUAAUAGAAUGUUCACUAAGAUUUAAGAAGACAACUAUUUGUCAUAUGCAUCCUUCUAGAUAAUAGACAUUAUCCUGACUAUAAUCAUUCCCUUGUGUUUUAGUUUUUAUCUGUCUGUCUGUCAUCUAAUUCCUAAACAAUAUAUUUAGUUUGGGGAGCAUAAAAGGAUUCUAUUGUCAUUAUUACAUGAACAUUUCAAGAAGAACAUAACAGUCUUUGAUCAUAGUCUGGUACAAAAGCACUUUUGAGGAAGUUCAUGGUUCAGGUUAUGAACAAGUUCCGCUGAACAAAAGGCUUAACCUGCAGCAUCUGGGUGGACUGGGCAACUGAUAUGUGGCAAAAAUGUAAUCAGAAGAAAU